CAUCAAGAGCAUCAUGGACACGCUGGAGAGAGUGGGCUACUUGGACGAGCCAUCGCUGGUCAUCUUCAUCAGCGACAACGGCGGUUCAUCACCGAACGGAGCCACCAACUGGCCUCUGAGAGGAAAGAAAGCCACGCCGUUCGAAGGCGGUACCAGGUCGUGGGCUUCAUGUACAGCAGAACUCUGUUGCCCAAAGCUCCCUAUGUGUACAACGGACUCCUCCAUUUCACAGACUGGCUGCCAACCAUCCUCAGUGCCGCCAACGUUGUCACCAGUUUGUCAGACAUAGAUGGCAUAGAUCAGUGGCAACCAAUAACGCAGAACCUGACCAGCAACAGGGACCGAUUCGUAUAUGAGUUGUGGGAGGAAGAAGGCGGCCUCAGGAUAGGCAACUAUAAGCUGGUCUAUCACACAUUGAGUGGUCCGUGUUCCGGGUGGUACAAUCCUCUUCCAGGCGUUACCACAUCACUCCGAAGAAGAAGAGGAAUGUCAAGGGGAAAAUGCUGUUCGACUUGGAACGCCGACCCUUACGAGACGACGGAUCUGUCUAAAGGACCCGCAGUACGCCGAGCAGCUGAGCCUCCUGCGCGACUACGCAACCGCGAGUGGGCGAGGAGGUUACCGCCCCAGAUCUCAGCCAUCAACCCCAACAUGCCCGGACCUGGUGAAGACUGGGACACCCGGGUGGUGUGCAUGAGUUUAACGCUGCACCUCAACGGUGGAGACCGGGAUCAACGGUUUUCCAUGUCAGUCCCCUCCACAAAUUGAAAAUCGAAUUUCUUCUAAGCUGCUUUUACUUAGUUGUAAAAGAAAGCCUGAUUUAAGCAACAGAAUUUGCAAUAAUUAAAAAUAAAGCUUUGCAGUAUAUAU